CACCAGCGGCGCCGCCUCAACCUUCGAUUCCCGCAACGACAUCCCCCCAUCUGCCCCUAGGAGCGACGCCAGGUCCCCAUCUAUCGUACUCUCACACAUACGCUUUCAAUCAUGGAGUUUGGCCACAAGGGAGUGUUGAACGAGGAUGGCAUCCACGUCGACAUGGACCGAUUGAAGAAGGGCGAGGUCAACCUGGGAACCUCAAUCAUGGCGGUGACAUUCAAAGACGGCGUCAUUCUGGGUGCCGACUCUCGGACGACGACCGGCGCCUACAUUGCGAACCGAGUGACGGACAAGUUGACGAGGGUACACGACACCAUCUGGUGCUGCCGGUCAGGCUCGGCGGCGGACACACAGGCCGUGGCGGACAUUGUUCAAUACCAGCUGGGCCUGUUCGCCAUGCACAGCGGGAAGCCGCCGAUGACGCAGACGGCGGCGUCGAUAUUCCAGGAGAUUUGCUACUCCAACAAGGACCGCCUGAGCGCGGGCUUGAUCAUUGCCGGUUGGGAUGAGCGGUUUGGCGGCCAAGUCUACUCCAUCCCGCUUGGCGGCUCGCUGCACAAGCAGGCGUACGCGAUUGGCGGCUCGGGUUCGACCUACAUCUACGGCUACUGCGAUGCUAACUGGAAGGAGGGCAUGGAGGAGGCGGAUGCCGUCGACUUCGUCAAGGGCGCGCUGCGAGAGGCGAUCAAGUGGGAUGGCAGCUCAGGCGGCGUGAUCCGCAUGGUGGUGCUGACGAAGAAGGGAGCCGACAGGCACCUGUACCUGCCGGACACGGACUACAAGGUGCGGCACGAGUAGAGCAGAGCGGGCAGUGGGAUGGUAGGGCGGGCGGGCUUGUCGACAUGUCAGAUGGCAUGCUUCCCAAGGGGGUGCUGUCGACGUGCGCCAUGCUUGUUGCGUGGCGGAGGUACGUGGAGGCUUAGAUACGACUGCGUCUGUACAAUAGAUUUCCGACAAUGAGACGAGACGAGACGACCGACUUGCCUGCGAGAUGUGCCCGCCGUACCGCCAGAUUACCUAGGAUGCGA